GAUUUUGGGUGCACCUCAUUUAGGCCCAUCUGCCUGUCGACUGGACCGAAGCCCACGAACCAAUCCACGUGCGCCGAGCGUGUUUGUUACUUAGAGCUCGACCGGAUCCGUCUCGAGCCCAUUACACACCUGCAUCUCGGAAUCAUCGCGCAGCAUCAGGCGAUUCGACCUCGCCGUUGCCCAGGCGCCGGAGACGACGACGCCGACGAGAUGACGGUGUUCCACUUCCUCAACUGCGCGGUCCUCACCUUCGGCCCCCACGUCGUCUACUACUCCGCCACCCCCCUGUCAGAGUAUGACACGAUUGGCACCAGUGUAAAAGCAGCUGUUGUUUAUCUUGGAGCAGCACUUGUAAAGCUUGUUUGUUUAGCAACGUUCCUCAAAGUACCUGAUGCGAAUGAUAGCUUUGAUCCCUACCAGGAAUUAAUGAAAAUUCUAAUUGGGUUUAUAGAUGUUGCUGGCCUUUAUUUUGCUUUGACACAGUUGACCCACAGAAACAUCUCCCAGAACCAUAAGUUCCAGGCUGUUGGUCUUGGCUGGGCUUUUGCUGAUUCAGUUCUGCACAGGCUUGCACCUCUCUGGAUUGGGGCACGAGGGCUUGAAUUUACUUGGGAGUACAUAUUCCAAGGACUUGAAGCAAAUGCCAAUCUUGUGAUGACCCUCUCCCUUGCUGCAUUAGGAUCCUUGAUGUGGCUGAGGAAGAACAAACCUAGGACUUUAAUUCCAAUAAUUUAUGCAUGUGCUCUGCUUCUGGCAACAAUGCCAUCUAUCACCAGUUACUUGCGGAGAUCAUUGGAGUGGCAGACUCCCAAGGUGGUUGGCUUCGAGCUCUUCUCCUCCUUGGUUAUGGCUUUCAUCAGCUGGCAGCUGUUCUCGGCUUGUCAGAGGCCGAUGUAAUCAACGAAACAAAGCACUGCGGGAUUUGCCGGAGAUUUGGUGCUCCCAAGAUGUCUCUUGUUGUACUUGGGCAAAAUUAGAAUGCUGCUUAGAGCCUCGGCGCUACCGUAACAUAUAUUUUGAGGUUCAGUUGCAGAACGUUUUACUUUAUUUGUCGGCCAUAGUGCAGAAACACAUGAUCUGAUGAGUGCUACUGCUACUGUAACAGGUGCUCUUGUAGGAAUCGAGCUAAAACGUAGCACCUUAUUCCCUGUUGUAUCACAUAUUCUGCUCAAUAGCAUUGCAUCUUCUAGUCUGAAGCCAAGACAUUCACUUAUGCCGACAGAUUAUGAGAAAAUACACUGUCGUUUCAUCUUUGGUA